CGCCGCGCCGAGACAUGGGGAAGGUGCGGCUGGCGGCAGAGGAGGAGGGGGCCGCUGCUGAGAUUGCUGCUGCCGCCGCCGGCCCGAGGCGCAUCGAGGUUCCCCGGCCCCCCUCCAUCGAGGAGUUCACCAUCGUGAAGCCCAUCAGCCGCGGCGCUUUCGGGAAGGUGUACCUGGGCCGCAAGGCAGGGAGGCUCUAUGCCGUGAAGGUGAUGAAAAAAGCAGACAUGAUCAACAAAAACAUGGUUCACCAGGUCCAGGCAGAGCGGGAUGCACUGGCUCUCAGUAAAAGUCCUUUCAUUGUGCACUUGUACUACUCACUUCAGUCAGCUAAUAACAUCUAUUUAGUGAUGGAGUACCUUAUUGGUGGAGAUGUCAAAUCUCUUCUCCAUAUUUAUGGAUAUUUUGAUGAAGACAUGGCUAUCAAGUAUAUUUCUGAAGCAGCACUGGCUCUAGACUACCUUCACAGGCAUGGGAUAAUCCACAGGGAUCUGAAGCCAGACAAUAUGCUCAUUUCUAAUCAGGGCCAUAUAAAGUUGACAGACUUUGGACUUUCCAGAGUUACUCUGAACAGAGAGAUAAACAUGAUAGAUAUCCUUACUACACCAUCAAUGGCAAAGCCAAAACAAGACUACUCGCGUACUCCAGGACAAUUGUUGUCUCUCAUCAGUUCUCUGGGGUUUUAUACUCCUGUUGGAAUGAAAAUGCCAGAGCACAAUUCAAGUCAAUCAUCGGACAAUCUGCAUGGACUGCUUUCCCCCUUACCUACCAUCCCAAAGGAAACUACCCCUCUUUCCAGUAAAUUAUUCAAAACAUGUCUUGAUCCUUCUCAAUUAACUCCUGUGAUGCCAGCGAGAAGUUUAACUGCCUCUCUACUGCAGUCAAGAAGAAGGUUUGGUACCUCUGGUGGCAGCAGUCAUUCACACACCUCCCUGUCCGGUAUGGAAUCAGAGUGCUGCAGCAGCCCCAGGUGGGAGAGAGAUGUAGAGCAAGGUGAGGAUGAACUACGUUCUGCAACAGGCAAACCAGCUCUCCUUUCCAGCGCAGAAUUCCUGAACAGCAAAGGUCUUAUAAACUUAAUGAAGAAAGAGAUGGAGUCUGCCAUUUCUGCCUUCAGCACCAAUGAUUCUAGCAAGCACCAGCUGGGAAGUGAAUAUUCAUAUGUAACAGAUACUCCUGUGACCACACUGGAUGUGAAAGGCAUAGCCAGAAAAUGUCUUUCUGAAAAUGAGGUUUGGGAAGAAAAGCACUUUUUAAAUAAAGGAGAGAGGACUAAUGAAACAGCAGAAACUUCCAAUCAGCAGAAGUCUCCUUUGGGGCAGAAUGAGCCUGUCAAGCCUAUCAAAGAGGAAGACAUUUUUGAAAAGCCAGGUGUGAAGAGAAGCUUUUCAUUAGUGGACACCAGUCCUGGUCAGGAGCUUAACUAUGUCAAAAAAAGCAAUGCAGAAUACAAGCGAGGCUGUCAGAUCUCAGAGUUUCCAGCAAGCAAAAGGACAGGUUUGACAGCAGAAAUUGAAUCCUUAAUGCUCUGUGAGGAUGGAAACCUACAUGACCCCUGCAAAAGCAAGGAGGAAAUGAAGAGUUCUGCUGGUAAUCAGCAAACAGUUAAAAACUCACUUACUCCAACUAUAGCCAAAAAUCUCCUUUGUGAUCUGGAUGCAGGCUGUGACAAGCAGGAUGGAAAAGAGUAUCUGAAUUCGAGUUUCUUGGGCACUGAUGAUGACAAACCUUUAGGAAUCCUCAGUGCAGAUUCUGAGUUAGCAUUUCCAGAAAUGUCUGUUACAGAAGGCCAUUUAGAAAAGCAGCUUUCAGAUUUGGACAGAAGUGUGAAAGACCUCUCCUUUGAGGAACCAAAGGCAGAAGGUGUGCUGGUGACAUCACCAGAGCCUCGAGAUGUCUUGCAAAAUGGAGAGGAAGCACAUGCUGCCCAGGACAGCAAGCUCUUACAUGUUGAAAAGGAUAAUGACAAAAACCAUAUGAAAGAAACAUCCCUUGAUGCAGUAUCUUCUCCUCCAGAAAAGGUCAUGGAAGCACUGAGUGCCUUCAAAAAAAAUGCUGUUGUGUUUCGUAGCUAUAAUAGUCCAAUUAAUGUAUCCAACAUAUCUGAGCCGUGCAGCAUGGCUUCCUUAGACAUAAUGGAUCUUUCACCUGCUUGUAGUGGCUCUUACCCAACUGCUUUUACUCCAUUACAGAAAGGAAGACCCUACAUGGUCUAUCAGACGCCUCAUCAGGGAGAUGCUGGUGCACCACACAGGACUCCAAAGAGUGUAAGAAGAGGAGCUGCCCCAGUGGAAGGUGAACGCAUCCUAGGCACUCCAGACUACCUGGCACCUGAGCUGCUUUUGACAAAAUCUCAUGAUUCUGCUGUCGACUGGUGGGCCCUUGGAGUCUGCCUGUUUGAGUUUCUAACUGGAGUUCCACCUUUUAAUGAUGAAACCCCCACACAAGUCUUCCAAAACAUUUUGAGAAGAGAUAUUCCCUGGCCUGAGGGUGAGGAGAAGCUGUCUGAUAAUGCCCAGAACGCAAUAGACAUUCUUCUGACCAUUGACAGCACAAAGAGAGCUGGUUUGAAGGAACUGAAGCAGCAUCCCCUUUUCCAUGGUGUGGACUGGGAUAAUCUACAGAACCAAGCAAUGCCCUUCAUACCUCAGCCAGAUGAUGAAACUGAUACCUCCUACUUUGAAGCCAGGAACAAUGCUCAGCACCUGACUGUGUCUGGGUUUAGUUUAUAGCCUCAAGCUAAGUGAAGUGCUCUGGUUUUGCACACUUGCAGGUUGUCCUGUAACACUAGUCUGAAUUACAUUUCCUUGUCAGAUGCAGAGCUGUUUUAUCAGUCUGUUUUUAUUGUUGUAUCCUUUAUUCUGAAGGGAAGCUACUGUACAGAACUUGGCUGGUAUCAAGUGUCUUCAUGCUAUUCCCUUGCUGCACCUUGCUAAGAUGCCAGUGUGUUGUAUUCCUUGGAACAAUGAUGUGGCUUCCAAACUCUGGUUAGGAAAUGUGAAGUUACAUCCUAGUUAAACCUGACAGGGAGAAGAUUUAAGUGCAUACUAAUUAUUUAAGUCACUUACUGGUGGCUCAGGUGCUGGCGGCCUGGUCUGGGAGCAGCCCUUUCUGCCCAGUGUAAAUCUCCACUGAGCAGAACUGAUGUUUCUGUUGGAGAUUGCAAAUGGAAAUCAACACAGCAUGGAAACUUCUUACUUCUGUGUUUUAACCCUUGCUGGAUAAGCUUGAGCCAGGCAGCGUUGUCCCAGGUUAGCUAAGCUAGCUGUGGCAUGUGAGAUAGCAGUAGUCCCUAGUCCUGAUGGUUGUUAUCCUUUCCUGGAUAAAAGGGGCAGGGAAGAGGAUAUGUGGAGCAAGUCUGCUUAGCAAAUGCUGUGUUUCAGUUCCUGCACUGUAACCAUGUGUGCUGUAUGAAGAGGGGCUGAAGGUUUUAGCACCUGUUUGUUUAAAGUAGAAGAUGCUGUGUCUGUGCUCACUCUUGUCAGAUGAUAGAAAACAAUCGGCCAGGUGUUAGCUAACAAGUGGAGUAUUAGUCAUACUGAAGCCACUACAUAGUAAAGACUGUCAUGCAUUGCAAGUUCAGGCUGCUCUGCACACUCCCAACCAGAUGCUGGAUUUUUACCUGAACUCAAGUGACAAGGGCAGUCUCUGGAUAAAAUCCUCAGGAGAGGGGAGUGUAUUUAAACUGACUUGUAAAUGCAACACAGCCUGACCUCUGCCAGGCUUUAGAUGUACCCACAAAUAAAGUUCUACCUUCUGUAUCUUUCUUGCACAGGUAUCUUCCUCAGCUGACUUAGUGAAGGUUUAGUUUUUCAGGUUUGUGCCUGGCAGUUGCACUUGCCUAGACGGUGGUGCCAGUGGGCAUGUGCCAAGCACUUUGCUAGUGGUUUUGGCUAAGUGCUUUGAAGUAUCAUGAGCUGACCUCUCCCUUCAUUGCCACGCUUCCUGCAAGGCAGGAUUUACUGAUGGAAUUCUGAGGAAGCAGUGUCUGCUAGGUUUUCUGCUGUCCCUUCAGGUAGCUGGGAAAGGAAGAGGAAGUGGGAGAGAAAAAGGACGCUUCCUGCAAGAACCAAGAGAGCUAAUUCCUAGUACUGGAGUUCUGUUCUCUGAUCCUAGCUGUGACAGUUUGUCACACAGAAUAGCAGUCUUCUGUUAACUUACUGCCACUAAUUUGCUGUUAGGCUCACCUAGAAUGUGCAAUGUUUGGAGGCCAAGAUACCAAAAUGCUGCCACAUCUGAAGCUUUCAGCUUCUAGCUAGAGCACAAUCUGGUCUAUCUGUGGUUAGUGAAAAGCCACUCCUUCCCUAUUGCAUUCUCAAAGAAUUAACCUUAAACACUAUGUAAAUCUACAAUAAAAUACUGCAGUUCUGCUGGG